AGGAAAUUAUAGAGAGGAAAGUAGGGGGUUCUUGCGCUCUGGGUGGUAUUUGGUGUUCGCUGAGGGGGAAAAAAAAAAUCUCGCUCCUUCAGUCCUAAAUCAGUUUCCCGCGGCUGACUUUUUAACUCCUCGGUAAAACUCGCUUGUCAAUGGCCAGGAGAGCCAGAGCUGCCCGCAGAGAUGGUCGCUCUUUGGUUUUAAAGUGAGAAUGACACUCCCACUUCACGUGUUCACUGUGCAUUCUCCAGUUGUCAUCCUCACGACAGCCCUGGAAGUUUUGACCAUCUAGCCUUGAAAGAGCAGACAACGAAUCAUGAUCAAGUUUUUUCUUAUGGUGAACAAGCAAGGGCAAACAAGACUCUCUCGAUAUUAUGAAUACAUGGACCUUCAUAAACGGACGAUACUAGAAGCUGAAGUAAUCAAGCAUUGCCUUUCCCGUUCAAAGGAGCAAUGUUCCUUUAUUGAAUACAAAGAUUUUAAGCUGGUGUACAGGCAAUAUGCUGCUCUUUUCAUAGUGGUUGGAAUUAAUGAAGCCGAGAAUGAAAUGGCUGUCUAUGAACUCAUUCAUAAUUUUGUGGAGGUUUUGGACAAGUAUUUCAGUAGAGUGAGUGAAUUGGAUGUAUCCUUUCAGUUUUCUCUAUUUAUGUUCCUGCUCCUUCCUGCGUCUGCCAGGCUGUGUGGCAUUCGUAGGAAUCAAAAUGUUGCCAUGAUUGGAUUAACUGUGUUCAGCAGAGGUGACUGAGCCAUAUGGAUGGAUGGUUUGAAGUAUGUGAAUAGUUCAGUGUGGAGGUAAGUUGUUAAAAGGCUGGCGAUAUGGGUGGCAAUAUGAUAGUGGAUGCUGGAAAAUGGAGACAUUUUGUCUAAAGGUAGGAAAUUUCCCCUUGUUCUACUUGCUGCGUGCAUAACUUUAAUAGAUUUCAGUGCAUGAACACAGUAGCUGUGAUAGAAUCUGUUGCUGGGCAAAGGAAGAGCUCUGUCCUCAAAGGAACCGAGCUCCGAGCAUUUAUUCCUACCGUUGAAAGGGAUCUCUCUCUCUUUCUCUGAUUGCUACCUGCUUUUCAAUGGCAGAGGCAUCUGGACAAAAGUCUCAAAUGGAGAUUUCAGCACAUGGGGUGAAAAGAUACAGGAGAAGACUAGGGAUGCAGAUUAAUGCAGUCUGCUUGCUCAUUACAACUGUUAACGUUCAACCGAAUGACCAUCUCCUUCUGCACGAACCUGCCUGAGCUGAGCACAGUGUUUAGUAUCAGAUCCAUUCAUUGAUUCUGCUGGCAUAAUGUAGUGGGAGAGGAUUUGAGAUUGUUGCUGAUGACCCAAAUGGGUUGGGUACAUCUCUCUCCAUGUGAUGGAGGCAGGAGAGCAAAGAACUCUGGGAGGCAGGCACAGUCCCCUCGGUUUUUUCUCUUCUGCCUGAUGGGACAGGUUUUUCUUCUUAUGAGAGUUAUCUUCUGUCAUACUUUCAAUGCUACUGGAGGUGUUAUGGGUGUGUGUGUCCCCCAUGAUCUGGCCCUGCUUAUUUAAGGGAAACGGAACUAAGUUUGCAAUAUUUGGGGAAGACAAAAGGGAACAUUCCAGGUGAGACUUGAAUCCCCUAACAUACCCCUGGGUGAAAAAUAUGCCAACCCCGGAAAUGGUACACUAUGUUUCCCUGUAGCUGUCCUGACACCUUCUACCAUCAUCAGUAUGAGAUCAGCAGGGCUCAGGAUUUGGCAGUUUCACAACCCAGAUUCUCCCACUUCUACCCUUUUUGGAUUGGAGAGCAGUGAGGGUAGCAUCAGAAGUGGAUGGUCCUGAGAAACCAGCAACAACAACACCACCACCUGUGUUGAUGGAAGUAAGACAAUUAAAGGGUGACAUUACAAACACUCUCCUAAUUGCAUGCUAAAUAAUUGUAUGAUUAGCUCAGUAGGUAGAGAAUGGGACUCUUUAUCUAAUCUUAGGGAAGGAAAUUUUGCAAUGAAAGGGAGGCUCCAUUACAUUUGAGUCAGGAUUUCACUUAAAGAGGAAGCUUAUUAGUAUCCUCUUAAUUAAGAGUACACAUGAAGCAAGAUGUUUUCAGUAUUGUAACUGCAAUACAGCAAAAUAAAAUAAAAAAUACAUCUUUGUGGAAAUAGCCAGAAUUUAAGCAUUCCCUCACCCCCCCCCAAUAAAUUAAUAUCUCAAGUUUUGCUACUUAGCAUGCUGGUGUAUUUGACAAGUCCCAGUUAUGUGCAUGGAGAAGUGGGUGGAAUUGUAUUAAGCUCUUUAAAACAACUGCAGUAGGUGCUGAUAUCUGGGAGAGAUGAGUCAUUAAAAAAGAUUACAAAAGCAACAGUUGAAAGUUAUCACAUCAAGUUUGGUGUGGCAAAACGUAUCUGGAGUGGGAGUACAUUAUUUUUUAAUGCCUGUACUUCUGUGUAAGGAACAAGAGCGCAGUUUUUCACAUGAAAAUAAGACAUAGAUGACCUGCUCCGAAAAGCAUGAAUUGCUGCCUAGGUUGCACUGCCAUGCACAUGUACCUGUAUGACACUUUGAGCACAGCUUGACUGACAUCUAAGUAAAGAAACAUAGGUUGGUGUUGUGCAUUACAUUACAUAAAAGCAUUUAAGAAGAGCAUAUCCAUUUUCAGUUACUGAAUUUAGGUAACACACAGGCACUCCCUCCAUUGAAGAUGUAAGCAGGUGUACAAUAAACCUUAUAUCGUAAAGACACUAGCUUCCAUUGUGCUUUGAUUUUCCCAACAGAAACAGAACCCUGGGUA